AAAUUUCCGUCAAUAAUGUACUCUUCAAUGAAAAAUAAUAUUAUUUUUAGCAACGGAAAUUGAGGCGUAGCUAAAUCUGUCGCUGAAUACCACUUAAUUAUUUACCCUAGGGCACAAAUAAGUUAAACAUCAGUCUUUCUUCUAACAGAGUAGAAACGCACUGGGAGCAAAAUUAGGCGGCUGGGAGCAAAAUCAGUAGAAGACAUACCUUGAGGGAAAGAACAAGAGAAAAAAUCAGUAGCCAACGUGAAUCUAAGGAGUAUGGAUAAUUUAGAGCAUGCUUGGAUGUACGAGAGGUUGGAUGGCCGAGGGGGUAUUAAUUCUAAUUUUGUAACUGGCGUGGAUAGCUUUCUCCUGUUUGCACGUUCUCAGCGAAAUCGCAUGAGUGGUGAGAAUAUUCGAUGUCCAUGUAAAAAAUGUUGCAACAUUAUAUACAUGGAUGUUGAAACAGUUAGAUUGCACCUUUUUAAGUUUAGAUUUGUUGAAAACUAUUCUUUUUGGAACUAUCAAGGGGAAAAGAUGUGACUGGCGUGAAGUCUUCUAACAGUGAUCUACAUGGUGGUGUUCAACAUGCAUUAAGAUAUGAUAAUCCAUACCGACAAAUGGUUUUAGAUGCAGCUGGACCCAACUUUGGGUAGGGUUCUAGUUGGCAAUAUUAUAGUAAUACUAAAUUUGAGUCGCCUCAUCAUUUUGAGCCUUCAAUGGAGGACGAGGCUAAUCAUUCAAUGGAGGAGGAGCCUAAUCCUGAGUCUCAAAGGUUCUAUGAUUUGCUAAAGGCCGUUGAUAUAGAAUUGUAUCCUGGUUCUUCCCGCUCUCAACUCAUAGUAGUUUCUAGGAUAUUAAACAUUAAAAUGGAGAACACUUUAUCAUAGAGGGGAUAUGACCAAAUGAUGCAAUUGAUGAAAGAGGCUUUACCUGAAGAUAACAUAAUGCUUGAAAGUUAUUAUCAAACCAAGAAGCUAGUGCGUAGCUUGGGUUUGCCGGUUGAAAAGAUUGAUUGUUGUAAUUCAGGAUGUCUGCUGUAUUGGGGUGACGAUGAAGACCUCACAUCUUGCAAGUUUUGUGGCUACGAGAGGUUUAAACGUCGUGUUGGUUAUCGUAAGAGGAAAUUAGUCCCUUAUAAAAGAAUGUAUUGUUUUCCUUUGAUUCCUAGAUUACGAAGAUUAUAUGCAUCUCAUGCUACAGCCAAUGGCAUGAGAUGGCAUCAUAAGCAUAUACAAGAGGAGGGGGUAAUGCGUCAUCCAUCAGACUCUGAGGCUUGGAAGCACUUCAAUGAAAAUCAUUCAUUUUUUGCUGCUGAACCAAGGAAUGUGAGGCUGGGUUUAUGUACUAAUGGUUUCCAACCAUUUGGUCAAUUAGGAAGAAAAUACUCUUCGUGGCCGGUGAUUGUCACUCCAUACAACUUACCUCCUUGGAUGUGUAUGAAAGAGGUGUACAUGUUCUUAACUGUCAUUAUUCCAGGGCCAACCAAUUCUAAACAAAAAAUUGAUGUUUUUCUAUAACCUCUAAUAAAAGAAUUGACCUUGUUAUGGGAGGAAGGUGUGGAAGCAUUUGACAUCUCAAAAAAGCAAAACUUUCAAUUAAGGGUGGCUUUGAUGUGGACAAUCAGUGACUUUCUAGCAUAUUAUAUGUUAUCAGGAUGGAGUACUGCUGGCAAGUUAGCAUGUCCUUAUUGUAUGGAGGAAGCACAAUCUUUUAGAUUAUGUCAUGGUGGGAAAACAACUUGGUUUGAUAGUCAUAGAAUGUUCCUUGACCAACAUCAUCCAUUUAGGAAAGAUCAUAAAGGCUUUCUUAAAGGUCAGACUGUCAAAAGGCUACCACUAGCACUUAGAACGGGAGAGAAAAUUUUGAACCAAAUUAGUGAGUUAGGGCUAAGAAAAGUAAUAGAGGAAGAUGCACAAGUAGUUAAUUCGAGAAUAUGUAAAUCUUGUGGAUGGAAAAAGCGAAGCAUCUUUUGGGAUUUGCCUUAUUGGAGUUCUAACAAGAUUUGGCAUAAUCUUGAUGUCAUGCAUAUUGAAAAAAAUAUCUUUGAUAAUGUAUUUAACACAGUUCUUAAUGUUAAAGACAAAACCAAAGACAAUCCCAAAGCAUGUCUGGAUAUGCUAACCUAUUGCGAUAGACCUCAGUUGGCAAAGGAUGCUAGUGGAAAAUAUCCCAAAGCUGCAUGUACAAUAGACAAUGAAGCAAAAGAUAUCUUAUUCGAUUGGGUAAAAAGUUUUAAGUUUCCAGAUGGGUAUGUUUCAAAUUUGGGUCGAUGUCUAGAGACAAACAAGUCUAGGUUAUUUGGCAUGAAAAGUCAUGAUUGCCACGAGUUCAUGCAACGAUUAAUGCCUAUUGCCUUUCGUGAACUACUUUCUAGUAAUGUGUGGCAGACACUUAUAGAAUUGAGCUUAUUUUUUAAAGAUCUUACUUUGACCACUCUACGAGUGGCUGACAUGGAGAGAUUAUGUGUAAGUUGGAACGUAUAUUUCCACAGGGGUUCUUUAACUCAAUGGAACAUUUGCCCAUGCACACCAUAUGAAGCAAGAAUUGCUGGACCUGUACAAUAUCGAUGGAUGUAUCCUUUUGAGAGGUACCUUGGAACUUUGAAAAAAAUGAUUGGGAAUAAAGCUAGGGUUGAGGGAUCUAUUUGUGAAGCAUACUUGAUGACAGAGUCAACACAAUUAUUUUCUCAUUAUUUUGAACCUCGUGUCAUUACACGUAAUCAUAAUGUGGACCGGAAUGAUGAGGGUGGUGUUAUGAAAGAUCAUAAAGGACAUUUAUUAAUAUUUACACAUCCAGGUCGACUAUUGGGAGAAGCAAAAAAGAGGAGUUUAUCCUUGGAAGAAAUCAAGGCUGCCCAAACUUACAUUCUACUAAAUUGUAAAGAGGUUGAGCCAUUUGUAAGUAUGUACGUGGAACGUUUACAAGAAAAAUAUCUAAAUCUAUCUCAGGAUCAAAUAGAUGAGAAUCUUGAAACAUAUUUCUCUAUAUGGUUCAAGCAAUAUGUAAGCCUCCAACAAUAAUUUACUUUUAUACAAUAAUGUACAUAAAUUGACUUGUUAAAUUUAACUAAGUCUCACAAUUUUUUAAAUAGGUCCGAAGCAACCAUAUUGAUAAUGCAUUCUUGCGUAGCCUUGCUCAUGGACCAUUAACAAGCGCAAUAUGUCAUUCAGUGUAUUUUGUUAAUGGAUAUAAAUUUCACAUAGAAAGUCAUGGUAGCGCAAGAUCAACAAUGAACAAUAGAGUUUGUAUAUCGGAUCCAAAUGUUGGUGACUACUAUGGUCGGAUACAAGAGAUUAUACAAGUAGAAUACCAUGAAGAACCUUUAAAGAAUACUAUAUUAUUCAAGUGUGAAUGGUUUGACCCAACGAUGAAUGUUGGUGUUAAAAAGCAUAAUCAAUACAA